AUGUUAUAUAUCACAGGUGAUGAAGGGAGCUUCUCUUCAGGAAAUACUGGAGAAAAAGUCCAACAGCUUCAAGAAAAGCAGCAACAACAGGCACAAAAUCAUUUCCAUGGCUCAAACUCAUCAGGACGUUCAGCCCCUACUAGCAGCAAUGGGUCUAUCUCCAAACAGCAACACCAGCCGGUUAAGAAGAAAAGAAAUCUACGAGGAACUCCAGAUACUGCUGAAGUCGUUGCUUUAUCACCAACGACCCAUAUGGAAACAAACCGUUAUGUGUGUGAGAUAUGCAACAAAGAGUUUCGAAGGUACCAAAACCUGCAGUUGCAUAGGAAAGGCCAUAAUCUUCCAUGGAAGCUCUGGCAAAGAACUGCCACUGAGGUGAGGAAAAGGGUCUGUAUAUGCCCUGAGCUAACAUGUGUUCACCACAACCCGGCUCGAUCAAUAGGAGAUCUAACUGGCAUUAAGAAGCAUUUUAGCCGAAAAAAUGCCGAGAAGAAAUGGAAAUGUGACGAGUGCUCGAAGAAAUAUGCAGUACAAUCUGAUUGGAAAGCUCAUCAAAAGACAUGCGGUACGAAGGAAUACAAAUGUGAUUGUGGAACCAUCUUUUCCAGAAGAGAUUGCUUCAUCACCCACAGAGCUUUCUGCGAUGCAUUAGCAGAAGAAAACAACGGAGUAAACCAAGGAGUAAUGGCCAACAUGGGUUCAAACUUGCAAAACCACAUGUCAGAGCCCAUGUCUUCACAUUCAAUGCCCUUGAGCACCAGCACUAGCAUAUCAAUUGGGAUGCCAUAUUUCAAUAGCUUCGACCCCAAGAACUCCCUCAAAUAUCUCCCUCAAGAACUCGUGCCAAUUCCAUCCAAGUCCAUGAACAUGGCAGGGGGCAUGUUGUCGAGCAGCUCGGGCACUCUCUUCGGCAGUCCAAGAAGCAUUUCCUCAACUUCUAGCCUCCAACUCAGUUCCAAGGGCUCAUCUGGGUUACAUUAUCUUCAAGACAACAAAAACGGUUGCCAAAUCUCGGCCUCUGCUCACAUGUCAGCGGCGGCCAUGUUGAAAAAGGCAGCACAAAUGGGUGCCACCGCUAGCAAUAGUAUUAACUCUCCCGUGAUGCAAAAGAGCUUUGCCAGUAGCAUGGCAGGUCCUCAUGAUCAGCUUUCUUCUAUUAAACCAAAAACUUAUGGUAGGAUUCAGCAGCAUAACAACUCCUAUGGCCACCUCCCACUACUAGCGUCGGGUCAAACUGGCAUGGUUGGAAUCAAUGGCGUUGGAGGAUUUAGUAACCAGCCCUUGCAAAGAGGGCCACAAGAAACCUCACAGAUAUUUGACACUAGUGUUACAGGUAACUCAGCAAUGAAUGACAUGGAAAUGUUUACAGGUGUGUUCAUGAGUAACGACCAAAAUCCAGGGUUCAUAAGAAAUAUGGAACAGGAGGUUAGUGGCGGUUCUAGUUUGAUACACGGAAGAAAUACAUUAAUGGAGCGGAAUCCAACAGGACCUUCAAGGUUUGCUGGUACGUAUAUUGAAGGUGGUGAUAUGAUGAAUCGUGAUUUCAUGGGGGUUGGAGAAGCAAGGCCAGCAAAUUUUCAUGAUCAACGACAGCAGCACCGACAGAGAUUGGAAAUGGAAGGGAUGAGCCAGCAGCAAAGAAUGCCGAUGAUGAAUCCCUUUCAACAACAGCCCUCACUUAGGGAAUCAGCGAUGGAAAAACCCUCUAUAUGGGAUGUCUGA